GGAAACGAGACUACGGGAACCAUUCAUCCGCUAUUUCCCUCCAAAUCCAAAUUUAUGUCAAAAACAUAAACAAUUUCAAAGAAAACCUGAAAAUGUUUUCCAUUUAAUGUUGGUAAGAAAAUGGAGUGUACAUGUAUGGAACUAGCAUUGGAAGGAGAAAGACUGUGUAAAGCUGGUGAUUGCCGAACAGGGGUUCAGUUUUUCGAAGCAGCUGUACAAGCUGGUACUGAUGAUCUGAAAACUCUAGGAGCAAUAUAUAGUCAGCUUGGAAAUGCUUACUUUUAUCUACAAGAGUAUGCCAAAGCUUUGGAAUACCAUAAACAUGAUCUCAAUAUGGCAAGAGCUCUGUCUGAUAGAGUUGGAGAGGCUAAAGCAAGUGGGAACCUGGGUAACACAUUAAAGGUUAUUGGCAAGUUUGAUGAAGCCAUAGUAUGUUGUAAACGCCAUCUAGAUAUUUCUAGAGAGAUCACUGAUAAGGUUGGCGAAUCACGAGCAUUAUAUAAUCUUGGUAAUGUUUAUCAUGCUAAAGGAAAACAUGUAGGUAAAAGUGGCCGACAAGAUCCAGGUGAUUUCCCCCCAGAAGUAAAAGACUGUUUACAAAAAGCUACACAGUAUUAUGAAGAAAAUUUACAGCUAGUAAGAGAAUUAGGAGAUAAAGCUGCUCAGGGACGUGCUUGUGGUAAUCUUGGCAAUACCCAUUAUUUGUUGGGUAAUUUUACACAAGCAAUUCUUUAUCAUGAAGAGAGACUUGCUAUUGCAAAACAGUUUGGCGAUAAAGCAGCAGAAAGAAGAGCAUUUACAAAUUUAGGCAAUGCACACAUCUUUUUAGGAGAAUUUGAAGUUGCAGCAGAACACUACAAGCGUAGUUUACAUAUAGCUAAACAAAUAUGUGAUAAAGCAUUAGAAGCCCAGGCCUGUUAUAGUCUUGGCAAUACAUAUACCCUUCUACGAGAUUAUGAAAAAGCAAUAGAAUACCAUAUGCGACACUUGCAGAUAGCUCAAGAGUUAGAUGAUCGUGUGGGUGAAAGUCGAGCAUGUUGGAGUUUGGGAAAUGCUCAUACGGCUGUUGGCUAUCAUAAAACAGCUAUUGAAUAUGCAACUAGACAUUUACAACUAUCGAAAGAGAUUGGAGAUGAAAAUGGUCAGAUUACAGCUAAAAUGAAUUUAGCUGAUUUACGAUCAGCUUUAGGUAUGAACACAGGAUCAGCAGAAGAUGGUGCUAAUGGAUUAAGUCCUGAAAAUGAUGAAAAUUUAAGUGCUAAUAUAGGACAUGAUGUUAAUGAUAUAGGAUUAGGUAGACGACCAUGUAGAGCUAGACGACAUAGUAUGGAAAAUAUGGAAUUGGUUAAAUUAACACCAGAUAAAAAGGUAACUCAAGUAGGAGGAGCACGACCUAAACAAAAAGUACAGAAAGCAGCAAGUAUUGCUACAGAUGUAACCCAUACCAAACAUUGUCGUAAAGCUUCUGAUGGCCUUAUUCAUUCAGAAGAAACGGAUGAGACAACAGAUGAAGAUAAUUUCUUAGACUUGUUGAGUAGAUUCCAAAGUCGUAGAAUUGAUGAACAGCGAUGUUCAUUCAGGACUGUAGAAGAAACACCAUCAUCACCAUUGCAAACAAAUGGCACCGUGCCUCAUUCAGGAACCGAUGAACUGUUAGAUAUGGUUGCUGGUAUACAAGGAUCACGUAUGAAUGAUCAGAGAGCCGAGCUGCCUGUUGUACCUAGAUUCCCAGGAUUAAAUUCUCAAGAAGUAAUAGGACAAUAUUUACAACGAACAGAAGAACGGCAUCCUGAAGAUGAUUUCCUAGAAAUGUUGAUGAGAAGUCAGGCAACACGCUUGAAUGAUCAAAGAAGUGCUUUACCCCCAGUUCUCCCAGCCCCAACAAUACCUGAUGAUGACUUCUUCAAUUUAAUUCAAAGAGUGCAAUCAAGUCGCCUGGAAGAACAGAGAACAGAUCUGCCUAAAAAUAAAAAAUCAAGUGUCCCUGGUAAAAAGAAAAAAAGUAGAUAGAGAAUCAAAACCAAAGUGUAGAUAUCCCUAACUUAGUUGUGCCAAACUGUUUACUCCAUAGGGUGUAAAUAAAAACCCAGUUUGAACUUGGUUAUGGUAUUGUAAAUAUGUAUAAAAUCUAAAUACAAGAUUUCUUGUAUUAACCUUAGUGCAAUCUCUGAAAUAUGGCCUUUCUAUUUAAGACGUUUUCAUGCUUUUUAAUAAUCCUAGUUACCCGUACAUGUUUGUGUAUGAUGGCUUUGUAUGGCAUAAAUCUUAAUUAUUGCUAAAUGUUUAACUAUUUAUGAAGAAAUUUAAAACAUGAAUCUCUUGUUGGAAAAUUAAUUGUGAACAAGUUUUGUAUGAAGUUAUGGUAUUUAUUUUAGGUAUGAUGAAAAACUGGUUUUAUUUAGAAUUUUAAAGUAAAAAUUCUAAAUAAUUUUGCAAAUUCAGGAUAUAAUACAGAGAUCUGUGCAACUGAAAUCCAUUGACCAAUGAAAAUAGAGAUUCUGUAUUUAUUUAUAAAAAAGACUUUUGAAUUAGUCUUUGAAAUUAAAGUAAUUCCAAGUUUAAGAGAGAAAUUUAGUAUGCCAUCAAUAAAUUGUAAAUGUGGCCAAAAACAAUCUAGUUCAAAUUCAACAAAAUCGCCAAAUAUUGUGUUAUGUGCCAUUUUCACUUUUUUGUGUGUUGAAAAUUGGGUAUCAUCAAAAUCUGCAGAAUAAGUUGCCUUUAUCUCGUCUGUUCUCAAAAUGAAAGGCUGUGGAAUGGUCCUAUUUGAUAUGGAUUGAAAAGUUGUUGGACAGCAGUUUUAAUCAUAAUUAAUUCUUCUGUUACUUUCUCAGCAAAAAAAAAGUCUCCCAAAACACAUUGAUUUUUAUACGCCCACAUUGGACGUAUAUUGCCGUCGCCCCUGUUCGUCCGUCGUCCACAAUUUCUUGUGAAAGCUCUAAUGCCAAAAGUUAUCAUCCAAUUGUUUUAAAAUUUAUAUGUUGUUUACAUUAGUGAGAUGAAGAAGCCUAUUUAAUUUCAAUAAUUUCUGUUUAUUAUGUCUAGAGUUAUGGCCCUUGUUUCACUUUAUUGAACCUUGUGAAUGCUCUAACGCCAAAAGUUCUCAUCCGAUCUUUGUGAAAUUUAUAUGCAUUAUUUAGAUUACUGAAACGAAGAAGCCUAUUGAAUGUCAGCAAUUUCCGUUUAUUUCGUCUAGAGUUAUGGCCCUUGUUUCACUUUAUUGAUCCUUGUGAACGCUCUAACGUCAAAAGUUAUCAUCCGAUCUUUCUGAAAUUUAUUUGCAUUAUUUAGAUUACUGAAACGAAGAAGCCUAUUGAAUUUCAGCAAUUUCCGUUAAUUACGUCUAGAGUUAUGGCCCUAGUUUCACUUUAUUGAUCCUUGUGAACACUCUAACGUCAAAAGUUAUCAUUCGAUCUUUCUGAAAAUUAUAUGCAUUAUUUAAAUUAGUGAGACGAAAAAGCCUAUUGAAUUUCAGCAAUUUCCGUUAAUUACGUCUAGAGUUAUGGCCCUUGUUUCACGUUUUGAACCUUGUGAACGCUCCAUCACCAAAAGUUAUCACCGAAUCUUUGUGAAAUGUAUAUGCAUUAUUUAGAUUAGUGAAACGAAAAAGCCUAUUGAAUUUCAGCAAUUUCCGUUUAUUACGUCUAGAGUAAUGGCCCUUGUUUCACUUUAUUGAUCCUUGUGAACGCUCUAACGCCAAAAGUUAUCACCCGAUCUUGGUGAAAUUUAUAUGCAUGAUUUAAAUUAGUGAAACGAAAAAGCCUAUUGAAUUUCAGCAAUUUACAAUAAUUACUUCUAGAGUUAUUGCCCUUGUUUCAUUUUGUUGAACCUUGUUAAUGCUCGAUUGAUAAAAGUUAUCAUCCGAUAUGUAUAAAAUUUAUAUGCAUUAUUUAAAUUAGUAACACGAAAAAGCCUAUCAAAUUUCAACAAUUUCUGUAGAUUACUUCCAGAGUUGAGACCCUAGUUUCAGUUUGUAGAACCUUGUAAACCCUCAAAAGGACAAAAUUUAUAAUCUGAUUUGUAUGGAACUGUCUUGUAAAGACCCCCAAUUACCUACAAAGGAAUAAAUAUUUUGUCGACCGCUCGGACGAUUUAGCUGCUGUGGGCGUAUGUUUUGUUGCCUGGCAACCUAUCUUUAUUAAAUAUAGAAAUGACAACCAGAAUGUAUUAACUUAAAAAACGUGACCUGCAAGUGUAACAAAACCUUUUUAUUAAGUAGUUAUAUGGAUAUAUACCUUGUGUUGUGUUUUAUUUUAACAGAAUGUAUUAGCCAACUGUAUCAAAUAUAAUAAUGGUCUAACAAUAAUUUAAAGAGACAUUUUGAGAGUUAUAUUCUUUUUAGAGUUAUAUUCUAUUAUAAUCUAUGUCAUUAAAGUGUGUCGUCUAAAUUAAACAGUAAUAUGCAUAUAUUUUAGCUCUUUGAAAUGCUAAACUAAGAGAAUAGAAAGAAAUGAAGCAAAGUUUAAACAUUUUAUCUCUUCAAGUACAUGUAUAUAAUGAAGGUGAUAUAUUUUUUUUUAACUACCUGGUACACCAUGACCAUUUAUUAUACAUUAUUUAUAUAUAUAUAUAUGGAUUACAAAUAAGUCAUUUUCUUGUUCAUUGAAAUGAUAAUUAAAUGAUACCUCUCUUGACUCAUGUCUCCACAUAAAGUUAGAUUUAGUGCUGCGGAUCUGUAAACAAGGCUAUAACUUUGUAAACUCUAUAGUUAAUCACUCAUAUUAUUGAGAAAUAUCUUAAUUCAUAGAGAUAUUGUUAUACAAGGAAUAUAAUCCUAAUAAUGUUUUUGACUUCCAUGGAUUGGUAUUUUUACAUAUUCUUAUGGUACAUUUUUUACCCACGUGUUAAUCUAUUAAUUUAGUCGGUUUGUCAAUUCAUCAGCCCUCUUGUAAUCACUCCUCAGGUCAAUGUUGAGAUAUUUUCAAAGUUGCUAGAUAAAUUGAUUAGUCAUAAAGAUGACCCAUAUCAAAACUGGAAGUUAUGUGUCGCAUUUACACCAUUAUGGCUUCUGGAGAACACUCUACCGGUUAGGAGGUUUUUUUUUUGUCUCCUAGCUUGUUUGACUUGUCAAAGAGUACAAUCACAUGAAGUCUCGUAUUAAUCAUUGAAGCCUUGUAGAUAUGGUACUAGUUAUUGUUUGUAUACACUCACAUAUAUUGUGGACAUAUAUUGUUGUCACCUUGGGCCGGCAUCGUGAAUCUAUAAUUUGUGACUGCUCAAAUGGCCAGAAUUCUUUACUGGUUCAAAUUCAUAAUUUUUCAAUCACUUAUCACAAAGAAAUAUUGUGAAAUCUAGAUAUUGUUGAUUCGGUUGUAAGGAAGAACCCUAUCAAUUUUCAGAUUUUCUUAAUCGUAAUUCACAUUUGGACUGUCAAAACUAGUGUUCGUGGUUUUUUUUAUAGCAUGCCCUGCAGGAUUUGUUAAAAAUGAGACUUCACAGCUAGUGUGCGUAUUAGGGAGCCCAACAAGCUCCAAUCAAUGUUAAUCUCUGGAUAAAUUCUUACCACAAAGUUUCAAAACCAUUCUGUUCAAAUGAUAAUUAAAUUGUUUAUUUCAUGCAAUGUCUAUGUAGUUUGUCUUCUCCGCGGGUUUGUCUUCUCGGUUUUGUUUUGUGUGUAGUGGUGUUCUCCUGCACCACACUAUUAAAACGUGACAAACUGCAUUGGCAACUUGAGUGCUGCUGGAUUGUCUAGUAACCUAAAUCUGUAUUACAAUACCGGUAUAUAUAAUUGGGACCAGUAUUAAGGGUCAUUAUAUUCAGUUUUCAGCACUCAGAAACUAUUUGAUUAUAUUUAUCUUAUUAAUAGGGUAUUAAAUGGUGAAUUUGUGAUAUCUAAGUCUAAAAACUGUAGUAAUCUAACUACUUUUAAACUGUAAUUAAUUUGAGCAAGGUCACAAAUAAUACAAAUUCAGACAAAUUUUCCUCCAAACUUUUAGUAAAUGAAUAGAACAAGUAACUAGCAUUUAUAAAAGAAUUAUGAUUUUUUUACCAAAUCAAAAAGGGUACUAUAUAUAUCCUAUUAAUUCUAAAUAGAUUGAAUGCAUUUAGUUGGUUAUUUGAACAUAGUGAUAGUCUCUGACAUAAUAUGUUCUUUGAUAGAAUUAUUUUUUGCAGCUUUGUGUGUUUACUUGUAUAAUUUUGGGGCGAAUUUACCAGAAGGGGAAAGCAUUUUGGAUUUUUAUACGCCCACAUUGAAAUGUGAUCGUAUAUGUCGUCGCCCCCAUCCGUCCAUUAAUAUCCAAUUGACUUUAAAUUAUACACAGUGUUUAAUGUCACGAGACGAAGAAUCCUAUUGAGUUUCAGCGAUUUCUGAUAAUUACUGCCCGAGUUAUGGCCCUUAAUCACUUUGGAAAAUCUUGUGGACGCUCUAGAGGCUAAAGUUAAUAUAAUUGUUUAAGGUCAUAAGACAAACAAUCGAAACAAAUUUUAUUGUUUUCUGAUAAUUACUUCAUGGGUUAUUACUAGUAAUCAGAUUUUCAUUACUGGGAUGACUUAGCUGCUGUGGGCAUAUGUUUCGUUGCCUGGCAACCAAUCUUUAAUAUUUUGGAUGAAGUUUCUAGUUAUUAUCAGAUGUUUGUAAAUCAGUUAACUUAUAAAUGGCAGGAAGCUAUAAAGAGUCAAUAAUUUUUGUCAUCUUUUACUUAUUUUCAAGAAACUACAAACCAAGAAAUUAGUUUAAACUCCAAAAACUAAAUCCAGUUUAGGUGGGAUUAAUUCGCCCCAGAUUGUAAAGUGGAUGUUGUACUUUAUUUACCAAUAUUAGGCAUUUGUUCUUGAUUUUCUCGCAUAUGCAAUUUAAUAGUAGAAAACUGUAUUCUGUGAUAGUUGAUAAAGUUACUUUUUUAUAUGUCCACAAUCAAUAUUUUGAGACAUUCACAGGAACCUUUCAAUAAAACUGUAGCUAAGCCUUGGUAUAAACAAUGUAAUUGCCAAAUUAAAAUUGUAUGUCUACAUGGACAUAUGAGAAAUGAAGAGUAUGCUUUAUCCUUUUGUCAAUUAAUGAUUGAUGUUUGUCCAAAGAUGAAACGAUUAUAAUAGUCCCUAACAGUAGUAUAAAUAUGUGUGCUAAUCCGUGCCUCAAUUUAUUUUGUUUAUGUGAAAUAUAGAUUAAGAUUGAUCAUCAGUCUAUGUUUUAAAUUUUAAAAAAAAGGACAGAUAUUUGCUGCUCUGUUAAAACAAUUAAAAUUUAAAACAGUAUUAGAACAAAAGACUGAAAAUGAAAUUGAGCAAGUGGUCUUAUAAUUGUAAAGAGAUUUUUAAAAGUAAAAAAAAAAAGCUCAUUACACAUUUCCCAAUAGUGGUGGUGUUAGCGCUAAGAAUUUUAUGCUUAUAUAAUGUAACUAUUGUUAAAUGAAGGUGAUAAUUAUAUGCCUGUAUGUUGUUAGGAGUUACAAUAAAGUAAAACCGUUUAAUCGGUAAACAAA